AUGGAUUUGCGGUGUUCCCAGCGAGACGGCCACUCUCCACACUACCAGCAGCACCAGGCCUCGUCUCACUCGCACCCGCACUCGCCGCACUCGUCGUCGCCGCACUCGUCGUCGUCGUCGUCGACAGGACAGACGCACCAUUCAGGCUCAGCUGCACCGCCUGUCGGGUUGCUGUCCUCCCCGCCUGCCUCAUCGCGUCAAUCUGCUGCUUCUGCUGGCCACUCACACCACCACCAGCACCACCACCACCAGCAGCAGCCGUUGCACCGUGAGCGAGGAUCAUCGCCGCAUACCCCAAGAAGCGGUCGAGAUGGCGGCAGUGCUCGCGAUGGCUACGCUGCAUCGAACAGCCCUGGUGGGCCAUCGAGCUCCCAUCCGAGCCUCGCGUCGCCCGUUGCGCCCUUGCAAAGAUCCAACAAUAGGUGGCUGCCUGCGCGCGCGCUCAACGCUGCACCGACGCCCGCUGCGGCUGCCGCACUCGCUAGUGGUGUCUUGGACAACGACACGAUAUUCCGAAAUGUGCGAAGCCUUCUCAAUAAGCUUACCCCGGACAAUUACGAGCGGAUUGCAACAUCGCUACUUGACGUGGGAAUCCGAAAUGUCGAAAUUCUCAAGGGCAUUAUCUUGCUGAUUUUCGAAAAGGCAAUCGAUGAGCCCCAGUACAGCACCAUGUAUGCAUCCUUGUGCACCAAGCUGAACUCGGAGGCGCCGAACUUUGAGGAGCCCAGCACCGAACCCAACGCGAAGCACAUUACGACCUUCCGACGACUGCUGCUCCUGGAGUGCGAACGAGAGUUUGAAAAUCGUUCCAAAGCGGUGUCCGAGCUGAGCGGACACAGCUGGGAUGCGCAGGACGAAGAGUUGCGCGACCGCCUGAUAGCCGCCAAGCGCAAAAUGCUGGGCAACAUUCGGUUUAUCGGAGAGCUGUUCAAGCUCGAGAUGCUCAAAGAGCGGGUGUUGCACAUUUGCAUCCAGCAAUUGCUGGGAGACUUGAAACACGUCGAUCCGGACGACAUUGCUUGUCUCUGCAAGCUGCUAACGACGGUGGGCCAGCAACUCGAUCACGAGAAGGCCAAGCCGCUCAUGCAAAAGUACUUUGACCGGAUGAAAGACUUUGCCGUCCACCCCGAGCUUCCCUCUCGCAUCCGGUUUAUGGUCCAAGACGUGCUCGAAUUGCGGCAGGCGAACUGGGUUGCUCGCCGAACCGCAGCGUCCAAGACCCAGGCCGGGCCAAAGACGAUUGAGGAGGUUCGCCAGGAGGCUUCGCUCGACCCCAUGUUCAAGGGCGUGGGCUCGGCCUCCUCUGGAUCGCCCUCCAGCGGCAACGGCAGUCUCGGCGGUGCUGGCCGCGGCAAUCCCGCUCAGCGCCAGCCUCCGGGUCUGCUUGGGAAUGCGCCAUCGCAGCAGCAGUCCCUCUCGCGAAACGGCUCUUCUUCGGCAGGCGCGGGCUCUCCCAUUGCCGCCCACUCUGGCCAGCCAGCGGUCAGUCCCCAGACAUCACCAGCCGGGGCAAACACCGGAAACCGCCGCUCACGAAGCAACAUGUUUGCGCCUCCUCCUGCGCCGUCGCCCAACGAGCCGCUGGCAAUUCGGCCGCUUCGGCGCCCUGCCGACUCGUCCGGCGAGGUCAGUCUGCGGCCCGAGUCGAAUUACUCUGCGCGAUCGCGAUCGCCGCAGACAGGUCAGAACGCCAACGCAGCCGUCGCUGGGAACUUGCAAGGCUCUCAGCGCUCGCGCUCCAGCUCUGGAACUGGGAGUGGGCUCGAUGAGCUCGCGGAUGCGCCACGCUCUGGCACCAACUCGCCUUCCCCGCCACCUUCUUCGACGCGUCCUCCGCAACAACAGCAGCAGCAGCAGCAGCAAGCACCGGCAGCAUCUCAAAAGGCCGCCUCGUUGUCAAGCGACGAAAUCCGUGCUCGUUUCAAAGACACGCUGAUCGAGUACUUUUCAGUAGUCGACUUGAAAGAAGCGGUCGCAUGCAUUCGUGAACUGCGCAUGUCGCGUGCCCUCAAAACUGAGCUUGUGACUCGGCUUCUCGGACUCCUGGCCGACCCCGAACCCAGCGCUGCACAUGAUGCCGCGUCUCGUGCGCGACGACCAGCCCAAGCGGCCAACCUUGUGAGCGAAUUGAUCACGGCCAAGCUGCUGUCUGCCAGCGACGUGGAAGAGGCACUCGAGGCGUUCGUUCUGACACUCCCGGACUUGCGUGUCGACGUGCCCCAGGCUGAUGCCAUUAUCGCAGACUUCCUUCGUCACGCAAUCACCCUGGAUGUUGUUUCGUUGAUGACUGUUGCCCGAAUGCUGCAAACUGCCAACACGCAAGUUGCUGCCGACCAGGGCAUGGACUGCGCCUGCUCGCCGCUGCUUUUCGAAUUGGUUGCUGCCAUGGCGCGUGCUGCAGGACCCGAUGCCGCUGCCAACGAGCUGCCCAAGAUUCUUGCUGCCGCCAAGCUCGACAUUGUCCAAUUCCUUCCACCCCAUGCGCGAAAUUCCAGCUCCGAGACCUACCACACCCUGAAGCGCUAUGCAUUGGAGUUUUUGAAGCCGUUGCUGCGCACCGAGCUGGAGCUUCGCGAAAUGCUGGCCAGCAACGCCACGAUAUCCGAGAUUUACAAGUUCCUGAAGGAAACGUGCGAUCCUUCGUUCUUCACCAAGCCCGACUUUGUACUGCUGCUGUCGUCCGCGGUGCUUGAUCACAUUGACAGCAAAGUCAUGUCCGGCUCGGAAGGCGACGCUGCCGGAGAUUCAACGUUGAGUGCCGAGGCCAAAAAGACCGAGCUUGCUCUGUUCAAGCAGUACGCUCCAAUCAUUCGCAAGUUUACAGACCACGACGUCAAGCUUCAACUUUAUGUGGUCUAUGCGGCGCAGCUGUUUGCUCUCAAGCGGGACUUCCCCAAAGACCUCAUUCUCCGCCUGUUCAAGUUGCUCUAUCACUGCGAUAUCGUCGACGAGGAAGGCUUUGUGCUGUGGAAGGAAGAUGUCAACGACGAUUUCCCUGGCAAGGGCAAUGCAUUGUUCCGAGUCAACGCGUGGCUCAACGCCCUGGCAGAGGCCGAGGAGAAUGAUGAUGAUGACGACGACGACGAUGAUGAUGAUGAGGAUGACGAGUGAUGAGAAUUCAUGAUGAGCAUGCCUUUUUUUCGUGCAUUCGUCGUCUCCCGCCUACGCCAGCACCACUACCACCCACCCACCCAUCAAUUUUUGUACCAUCAAUCACAAAAUCAAUACACAACGAUUUUCUUCAGUCAA